GCAUUAGAAAUGUAAACGAAGUUAUAGGUUCCAAAUACAACUGCGCGGAUGACCAUCAUCGCCUUCGGCAAAUUAAUUUUAAGAAGAAAAAUUGUAGAUGAAAUGAACGUAACAACCUUUAACACGCAGGAAAAGAACACGUGGUAAGAAUCUGUACCUAUGAAAAUGUAAAGGUUAUGCGUAUUAAACGAGCUGGUUAUGUUAUAAGUGAAUAACCAACCAAUACGUUCUGGUUCUGAAUGGCGCUUGUCUAUGUUUACAAAUAAACAUUAAGACAUUCUUUAUUAUGGUACUGUCUUUUGAUGAUUGCUUUGGAUUAGCCGCGCCCAUAGCUUGGUGGCUAGGCGUGAUAUAUCUUUAGAAUCGAAACAAAGAGAAAGGCAUGUUACCAUUAUUUUAAUGAUACAGAUGAAGGUUUCUUAUUUUUUAUUGGGAUUUGCAAUAUACAAAUCGAGCAAACCUGUUUCUUGGUAUGCCAUGACUAGGUAAAUUUAAAGACCAUUUAUAUGCGAAGAUGUUCCUUGAACUAGGGUAACAAAAUGUGGUGAAGAAACACGUUUGUUAAAAAAAACGUUGGCAAAUCAUAGCCUUAUAUCAUUAAUAACGCGUUUAAGUUACAAACAGAUUUGGUCUAAGGCUGGUAUUAUGUGAUCAUCUUUAAUUCGUUGAAGUAUAUCUUUGGAUGGCGUAAAAACUUUUAAUUGUGCAAUUAAAAGCAGUUUUCUAUAACCUUGAAAACGGAUGAAGGAUACCAACUAGCUUAAUUUGCGAAAGGAAAAUCAUUCGCAAAGGAAUGUAUCACGCUAUUUCGAAUCCAACACGGAAUUUUAGUUUAGGUGGAGGUUAUAUACGAAGAAGACGUGUUAACAUGGCUUUAUCUGUAGCGAUAGUCGCUUUAUGGUUAUAUUCUGCGAAUGCCGUUAGAAUUUCCCCAAAAUUAGACUUCGGCGAAUCGUCAAGUGCAAGGCCAGUCUUUAAGACCGGCAAUCAUCAUGACGACUUCGUGUUGAAUCCAAAUUUUCAAAAUCCGAAUUCGGAUGGGCUUUGCAUUGGGAAUUAUUGUGAUAUAACGAAGUCGGUGAAAAGCGAUUCAUCCAAUAGUGCAUCUACAGAUGUAAUAGUGCAUGUUAAAACGAGCAUAGAUCUACCUAAAAACCAAAGUGAGAAUAAGGUGCCAGAUGUGCCUGUAAUUGUAGGCUCCAAGGGGCCAUCAUAUCCUGAACAUUUCCCAGUUAUUCCUCAGCCGCAUGUAAAUGUUGACCCAAAUUAUCCACCGUCUUCAGUGGGCAUUGAUUUUGUACCCCAACUCAGCGAUGAUGGACGCUUCGUAGGAUACGGCGAAUACUUUCCAAUGAAUAACGGUGUCCAUCGACAUGUUCCUGAGCUUCAAUGGUAUCCGCGACCAAGAGUUGGAGAACAACAUGUUCACAAUCCGUUAGAAUUCAAAAAAACCUACAAAAACGUUUGGCCAACUGGGUUUGACAAUGGGUGGGAAGCGUUUACCAACAAACGCGAUGUUAACCCUUCUUUGACACCAUGCUUGUGCGAGAAUCAACCUUUUCAGGAUUUUCCCAUUGCUCGUAAAUUAAAACAGUGGCUUGGGGAGUGAUCGAGAUGUAAUCUUUUAGAUACAUAAUUUACAGUGAU